AUGGCUCUUUCUUUUGACGAUGCUGCUCUUCAAGUUAAAAAUUUGAAGACUUCACCAAGCAACGAUGAACUCCUUCAAUUGUAUGCCUUUUUCAAGCAGGGAACUGUCGGAGACAACACGACCGUAAAGCCUGGUAUGCUCGACUUCAAAGGAAAAGCUAAAUGGGCUGCAUGGGAUGAGAAGAAAGGAACCAGCUCUGAUGAUGCCAAGACCUCUUAUGUCGCUCUCGUAGAGCAACUUAUUACGAACUCGAUUGUGGAUAAAUUUUAA